AUGGCCUUCGCCAUGCUGCGGCCCGUGGCCGCCCACGUGCUGUACCCGGACCUCCACAUGCUGUCGGAGGAGGACGAGGAGACGCGCAGCGAGAGCGACGCCUCCGACCAGUCCUUCGGCUGCUGCGACGGGCGGCGCAAGGUGGCCCGCAAGGCCGGGCAGGUGGUGGUGGUGAAGCAGCGGCAGGCGGCCAACGCGCGCGAGCGCGACCGGACCCAGAGCGUCAACACGGCCUUCACGGCGCUGCGCACGCUCAUCCCCACGGAGCCCGUGGACCGGAAGCUCUCCAAGAUCGAGACGCUGCGCCUGGCCUCCAGCUACAUCUCGCACCUGGCCAACGUGCUGCUGCUGGGGGACGGCUGCGAGGACGGGCAGCCCUGCUUCAGCGCGCUCUGCGGCGCCAAGGGCGAGGCGGAGGCCGGCCAGCCGCGCAGCAUCUGCACCUUCUGCCUCAGCAACCAGCGCAGGGGGGGCAGCCGCCGGGAGCUUGGUGGGGGAAGCUACUUGAAGGCGCGAGGAGUGAACCACCUCAAGGUCCUGCGGAGAUGAGCUGAAGUGGAGAGGAGCGUCUGCCGAAGAAGCCGGGCCUAGCAAGGAUCCACACCUCAGAAAACUGAGUUUCACGUGCCCGCCCGGGCGGGGAGGGGGUGGACUUGAUGGACACCAGGGGUCCCUGGUGCUUCCAGACAGGAAGCCCCCCUUGGACGGGAAGCCCCCCUCUGUGGACUCUGAGGGGCCGGGGCAGGAUGGGAGCUGCUCCCGCAUCGGACUGCUGCGCAAUGAGGAUUUGUGACUGCGAAGAAACGACCCUGCAGCCAGAGCUUGGACGGCCGCCCAGAGAACGGCGCCUCUGCCAGGAGGGAGGCUCGGUCACGGGAACAUGGCGGUCCCGGGACGGCGGGGUGCUGGCGCUGGUGGCGGCAUGGAUCACCGGCCUGCUUCCUAAAGGACGAUGCCAAGCAGCGCCUCCUCGUGAGGAAGCUUACGGCUGGCCUGUGCAAUCACUGUGUAAUUAUUUCCUCAU